CCCCCCCAGCACACAGUUCCCCAACCCAAGAGCGACUCCUGCCCCUCACCCUGUCCUGCUCUCGCUGCCCGGUGCCAGGAGAGGCGAUGGCCGGAGGACGGGGCGUCCCGCUGGCGCUGCUGGCUGUGUUGGCUCUGCAGGGCGUGGGGGCCGUGAAAGUGGGGAACACGAUCAUCCAGGCGGAAUUCUACCAGCGGGAUGAGAAGCUGCAGCAGGAGAACGGCGAGUUCAUGUUUGAAUUCGACGGGGACGAGCUCUUCCACGUGGACCUGCAGAAGGCAGAGACAAUCUGGCGCCUGCCUGAGUUUGGGGAAUUUACGUCCUUCGAGGCACAGGGAGCUCUGCAAAACAUGGCUGUAGGCAAACAGAAUUUGGAGAUCAUGAUGAAGGCGUCCAACCGCUCACGGGCAACCAUUGCACCACCUGAGAUGACGGUGUUCUCCAAGAAUCCUGUGCAGCUGGAGGACCCCAACGUCCUGAUCUGCUAUGUGGACAAGUUUUGGCCACCCGUGCUCUCCAUCAAGUGGCUGAAGAACGGGCAGGAGGUGACGGACGGCGUCCUCGAGACCGUUUUCUACCGAGGGCCGGAGACCACCUUCCGCAAAUUCUCCUACCUGCCCUUCAUCCCCGGUCGAGGGGACUACUACGACUGCCGUGUGGAGCAUGAGGGGCUGCCCAGUGCCCUCCUGAAGCACUGGGAGCCCCAGAUGCCCCUCCCCACCUCCGAGAGCACCGAGACCCUGGUGUGCGCCCUGGGUCUGGCCGUGGGCAUCGUCGGCAUCAUCGUGGGCACCAUCCUCAUCAUCAAGGCCAUGAAGAUGAACAGUGCCCGCAACCAACGGGGCCUCUUGUGAGGGGGGCAGAGCCCAGGGCCCCCCGCUUCCCCCUCCGCCGGACCCUCUGCACCCUCAGCCAGCCCUCACCCCUGCUCUCCCCGGCGCCCCGUGUCCCUGCCCCCCCUCACCACCACCCCCUUCUCCCAUGCAGCAGCGCAUGCAGACGCGCUGGAGACGGCUCCAGAGCCAGAGUCAGCACGGACCCGUCCCCACAGGGGCCGAGCCGCUUCCCCUCGCUGCGGGGAGCCGGGGGGGCACCUGAGGCUGCUCCGGCUCGCCCGCUGCCAGGGGAAAUGGCUGCAGAGCCUGGGGACCUGCGCUGGUCCCAGUACGCAGCCCAUACGGCCGCCACGCUGGGGCUGCCUGCCCCACGGCCCCCUGGCCCAGCGGCCGUCUCCAGCUGGGGACACGGCGCCUCCUCCCAGCCCAGAUAUGGGGUCUCCCCUGAAGACCCCUGAAGGCGGGGGGGGCGGGGUGCCCUGCCCCAUAGCUCCCCCUUGGCGCACCGUCCUUCACCCCCCACUCCUGCUCUGCUGCUUUAUCACCACAAUAAAGUGGGUUGGGGUUCAUCCUGCCGUGAGACCCUCA